AUGUGCUCCACAGAUCAAGCCGUCGCAACCAUUGACAACAAUGACCACUUAGUCCAAUCCGAUGAUCCCGAACACCCAGCCAACCUGAUCCCCGAGCUCUGCCGCAAAUUCUACAACUGGGGAUGGGUGACUGGUACUGGAGGUGGUGCCUCAAUCCGCCAAGGUGACCACAUAUUCAUCGCCCCAUCUGGAGUCCAGAAGGAAUUGAUUCAGCCUCAAAAUAUCUUCGUACUCCAAUGGCCCACCCCUAAGUACCCUCCCUCGGACCGCAGCUACAUCCGCAAACCCCUCAAGCUCAACCCCUCCGCCUGUACCCCGCUGUUCCUGACUGCCUUUGAGCAGGGUGCUGGCUGCUGCAUCCACACUCACUCGCAAUGGGCGGUUCUGGUCACCCUGCUAGUGGAGCGGGAGAAGGGUCCUGACGCUUGCUUUGAGAUCAACAACAUUGAGCAGAUCAAGGGCAUUCCUCGCGGCAAAGGCAAGGGCAUGCUCGGAUUCUUCGAUACUUUGAAGAUUCCUAUUAUCGAGAACACUGCUUUCGAAGAGGACCUCACCAGCGGCCUAGAGGCAGCUAUGAACAAGUACCCAGACACAUAUGCGGUCCUUGUUCGGAGGCACGGAAUUUAUGUCUGGGGCGAUACUACCGCCAAGGCAAAGACUCAGUGUGAGAGCCUGGAUUACCUGUUCCAGCUGGCUGUGGAAAUGCACAAGCUGGGACUCCCCUGGAUCAAAUAA